CCCAAGACAUCGAAACCUAACGCGGCCCUGGUUCUUGUAGGGCUUCUUCCCUCUCUACCGGAAAUCUCAACUCAUUUCGCUCUUUCUAUGCUAAACUUUCUCUCUCUACUGAAACACCAUUGUGUUUUUAGGGUUUUGAACCCCACACUUUAAAGACGUAUCCUCUCUUCCUCCCUCCCUUAUUAUUUCUCAUAAAACCAGAAGUAGAAGAAGAAAACUGAGGGCCAAAAGGAAAAUUCGUGUUCUCAAAGGGAAAAUUAGGGUUGCCUUCGAAGGCCCAUUGAAGUGUUUUGAUCAGAUGGAUAUGUCCAAUGUCAUCUAUUGAAGGCUGUGUAAAUUUCAUUGCUUGCCGCCUCCAUUAGCGAUGAAGCAGAGCCAGGACCCCUUUGAGGCAGCCAUCGAGGAGUCUGAGACGCCCCCGGAUUCUCCAACUCCGGCCGGCGAGGUAGCUGGGAACAGUGAUGAUGAUGGCGUUUCGCGGCAGGUUCCAGCCAAUGUCCCGCCCACCGGAAAAACCAGAGAAGAUGAAGAGGAGGAAGAGGAGGAGAACAUGGAUGUGGAGUUGGGAAAGCUUCAAUCUGGUGACCCUGAUAAGAUGGCGAAGAUGCAGGCAAUUUUAUCCCAAUUAACAGAGGAACAAAUGAGUAGGUACGAGUCAUUUCGGAGAUCUGGGUUUCAAAAAGCUACCAUGAGGAGGCUGUUGCAGAAUAUUGCUGGAUGUCCCAUAUCAAUGCCUAUGACAAUUGUGAUGUCUGGGAUCGCCAAAAUGUUUGUUGGAGAGCUUGUAGAAACAGGUCGAGUAGUAAUGACAGAGAGAAAUGAGAGUGGGGCUAUUAGGCCAUGCCAUAUUCGGGAAGCAUAUAGGAGACUGAAGCUCGAAGGCAAGGUACCAAGACGCUCCCGACCGAGGCUUUUUCGAUAAGAUUGGUUUGUAAUAAAAGUGUCACUGAAUCAUCUAGAAGUGCCUCAAGCUUAGAUGUAUCAUCAACCUUUUGUAAAUUCUCCUAAUACAUGAAAUACCUGUUCUUUUUUGAGAUAUUGGUUGAUAUAUGCAGUUCUUUCUUUAAUUUGA